CUGAUCGUCUGAUCAAGAAUCAAAAUCAAUCAAAUGAUCAAAUUGUAAAUUUGAAUUUCACUUGUUUGCAUCGUUUUUGUUGAUUUUUUAAUUUAAUAACUUUUUCACGGAGGUGUCAAAGCAAAGUUAAUUGCGUUUCUUGAAAUGGCUUCUACGGUUUUACGAGUCAAGCGAAGACUAGAGGAUAAUCCGCAAGAUGCUUUAGUUCUUAUGUGCAAGCGAAUAAAACGGGAUACUGAAGAGAUCUCCUCAUCUUUAUUCGUGUUCAGAGGAACUGUUGAUAGUCAGGAAGCUACGAAUGUACAAGAUAUAGUCCCCAAAAGUAAGACCAAGCUAAAACGGUCACACAGCAUUAGUGACAUAAUAGAGAAAAUCCGACAAGAAAAAAAGGACUCAUCAUCUCAGAGUCGGUAUGAGGUUGUUAACUGUAACAGAGGGCUGAAAGAUGCGGAGAAGCAAUAUGAUUUGGUAGACUUACAAAAGAAUGAGGAUAUAGAAGGUGAUGUUCAGUAUGCAUAUGAUUUAUACACAGCGGCCAAACCGGACUUUGAUGUGUCCAUGUUGGAUAAUCUAGUGAGCAUAGAAAACUAUGAGACUGAUCUUAUAUUUGGCACGUACCGUGACAACGGUUACAGGCCUUCUAGUGAUGAAGAGGACGAUGAUGAUGACUCCAAUGAUGAAAAUAACUGGAGGAAUGAUUAUCCUGAUUCCGAGCACAGCAGCAUCAAUGAAGAGGAUAUGAUUAGAGCUAUGGAAAAUGUUGAUUUAGAAGAUGAUCUAUCCAGCGAUACAGGUGAAGACAAAAUUUAUGACCAACCCAACCCAUUUAAUGAAGAUGUUCUACGAUACGGUCCAGCAUAUGCCAAAUACAAAGCUAGAGUUUUAUCAGAAGAAGGUGAUACAAAUAAUUCUAGUUUGAUACAAACGAGUACUGUACCAGAUUAUGGAUAUAAGGAAGAUAGUGAUGACGGAUUUUACUAUGGCCAGGAAGAAGAUAUGGAUCAGUUCCGGGAGCAGUAUGGUAGCGAUUCGUCUGAUUGUGAUCCUGAUUGAGGGUUAGAUGUUUUGAAUAUAUUUGUUUUUAUUUUUGA